UGUGUGCAGUAAACCUACUCUGCUUCUCAGAGUGAAUCUGGCCAAAGGCUCCAUGGCUCUGCAGGAGUUCAUCACACUGGACCCCGUCGCUCUCGCCUCAUUCUUGUAUUUCUCGGCGUUGGUCCUCUGUUUGAGCCAGCAGAUGACCAGCGAUCGAAUCAACCUGUACCCAGCCUUCAACACAACGUUAUGGCCGCCGGGGUCAGAGCACCAGAUCCUCCACCCUUGGGUGACAGUCAACCUGGUGGUGGCGCUGCUUGUUGGCCUGGCCUGGAUCUUCAUCGCCACGCGACCUGAGACCGACUAUACUGAGGGUUAUCUGAUGGCCAUGGAGAUUGAGCCGCCCAAACACGAGGACAAAUCAGAAAUGAGCGCCUGAGAAAAACGACUGUUUGUCUGCUCUGACGCUACAGCUUUGUUGUCAUUUUGCACAUUUUUUGCGCUGUGUUUUGGCAGUGAACUCCGAAUGUGUUGUACUGUAUACUGUUUUUGUAUUUUUGAAAUGUGAAUGUGCUUGUUUCUUUUUAAAUACAGGAUUUUAUCCAACUAAUCCAA